AUGAAUAGUCCUCAAUCUUUCCUUGAAUUACUUAUCAAUCUGACCCUUCUCUUAUUCCAACAACAACAAUUGCUGCUGCUCCUUCUCUCUCAAUUAAUUCUUCCAUUAACUCUACUCAAUCUCCAAUUAGUCCUCUCAUCUACUCAACAAUUCAUACCUACUUCAUCUGAAGUUACCUAAUCGAUCUCUAGAACCUCCCAUCCAAUUCCUUUGAUAACGCCACCAAUUCUUCAAUCGGCAAAGUCAAUUGCUUCGAUGAUUGCAAAUUUGAAUUCUCCUGCUAUUGAAAUUUAAGAAUGUCAUCCAACUUAGAUGAAACAUACUCAACAUCUAAAUUGA